AGAUAUUCUCAACAAUCGGAACUGUCCCAUAACCUUUAAUAUGGAAGAUGCUAAUCACUUCGCACACCCUCAUUCCGAUGCGCUUGUUAUCACCGUCCCCAUAUGCGGAAUUCCAGUUCAUCGCGUCAUGGUGGAUACUGGGGCCUAUUCGAGCAUUUUGAUGUUAAGAGAUUUUGAUAAAAUGGGUCUUGAUCCCGCCGAGAUUCGACCCUGCAAUGAUCAAAUACAAGGGUUUAACGGGAGUAUUUCAAAGCCCAUCGUCGAAAUCAUUUUACCUGUCCGAUUCGGCACUUCGGAGAAUGCCACCAAACUCGUCAUGGAAACUUUCAAGGUUAUGGAUAUCAAUAAUGAGUACAACGCCAUCAUUGGCAGAACGACAUUGUAUAAACUUCGAGCUGCA